CUGGAGUAUAGUUUUAUAGCUUGGUGCUAGUAAAACUGUAGACAAUAGAAUGACUAACAAAUCACUCUCUAAACAAAACGCGGUUUGGGGUCUUGUAAGAGCUUUAUCAACUUCCCAAAUAACACAAAAUAUCCUUAAAUGCACUUUAUGUACAGAUGCACAUAGUUUAUUUUUAUCGCUCUAAAUCGGUCCACGAGUGAACAUUCUCGACGAAUCGACCCACUGACUGAGGGAUCCAAACGGUCCUAACCUAUAUAUUGUAAUGUUUACAUAAUAAUCGGCGGCCAAAAAAGGGGUCAUUGCUCAGAGGGGACUCCGUAACAGUCAUUGACCUUAAAACAAAAUGCGGUGUGAAUUAGACAUAAGUUUCCCUUUUGUCAACAAUCCUCAUAUUCCUCAUGCUAAUUGUUUUAGUAAAUAUCGACCUAAAUAUACAAAAUAAGUAAUUGACUUUAUCACCAAUAAAAAGCGGACAAUAAAUAAAUUCACGACAAUUUUUUGCAAGGACAUGUUGAGGAAGGUAAGUUUUGUAUACAAUAUAAAGAUUAUUCAAAUAAUUCGGUAUAGCGAUAUCGGUAAACGUGUUUUUAAUCUGAAUUUAAAUAUCAAUACAAUGUCUUGAGAUUUUAGCUAUCUAUUUAAUUUCUACAAACAUAAGUGAUUAAUCUCACUCAGCUUAAUUGGUUAAAAUUUAAAAUUGCCGUUGGUUUUCUUAUAAUGAGGGAACAUAAUCACUGUCCUUUUUGGGAUCAUCCAAACUCACUCAAAAAUAUCAAAGGGCAAAAAGAGCAAAAAAUAUCAGGCUAACAGCCAGAUCAUCAUCAAUCUUCUUACAUGGGCACUAGCCUCCUUUUUGCUUAUGCCAUCCUCCUCCGUAUCUUGCCCGCAUGGAUCCUAUUCCCGUCACCUUUGUGCCAUCAUUCACAAUACUUAUCCACAUCCAUGCGUUAACGUCGGUUAAUACUUGGUUUCCGUUGUAUCGUAUACGUGUUUUGUCAUUGAUGGCGUAUGAGUUAGUAUCCUCAUACAGUAAACAUAUCGAUCAGUUUAAAAACAAUAUCCGCUAAAACGGCUGCUUUCCACCAAAACUGUUUUGAUGAUAACUUCUAGAGCAAUAUGGAAACUUUCCUAUUUAUAUAUCAGUAAUGUUUAAUUAGAAUUUAUGUGUUAAUCUUAUCGUAUGGUAUUGAUAGUACCUAGGUAUCUAUUGGCUAUUCAUUCAAUAUAAAUAUGGCAUUAUUGUGGCAGUUUAUCGGGACCUACUUUUUAUAUGUAUUGAUAACGAGAAUGUGUCUCGAUCUAGAAGCUUCAUGAGCUUUUUCAUAAUAUAUAAGCCAAACAUUUAAUAUUGCUCUUGCUGGCCGGUUCCUAUUUUAAUAGGCUUAAGUAUCCACGUUUAACAGUCAUUACGAUUUAAAGAACUAUGAGAGAGUAUUCAAAACUAUACCAUGUUUAUUGGAUAGUCCGAUUUCUGAAAAAAAAACGAUGUUUGUUUAGAAAACCAGUAGAAAGAAACGAAAACACUUUGUCGAAAUGUAAUACUGUGUUUACGUUGUGUACAAUACAACACACGCUUGACAUAGGACAGCUAGUGUACUGAAAAUUGUGGAUAAGGAUAAUAAUAAGGGGAUAUAUUUCUUCAAAUUUGUGAAAUAUUUGUCCUAAAUUCGUAUAAGAGUGUUCAGGGCUUCGAAACACUGAAUUACGAAUUAGGUAUAUUAUACGUACUGUUACAGCACAUAACUAGAUCUACUUUUUGUAAAUAGUCAAGCGUUCGUAUAUUAUUACGUAAAUAUAUUAUGUACCAAGUUAACAAAAAACGAAACGAAAAAGGAUCGGUCUGCACUGCAUCAUCCACUUUAGAGAUAUAACAAUAAAUACGUCAUGUUAACCUAAAUUGAAAGGGAUUAAGCGAUACCUACACUUUAUGGUCAUACUCAUGAGAUUAAUGCGCUUUUUAACUGCAUCCACUAGUGCAAAACAAACAAAGAAUGUAGUAAAAAGCUAAUACAAGAAUACACGCAAGGUUUCUUAUAAUGCUUCUAAAAAUAACCUAGUUUGUCCGGUUUACAAGCGAGUAUCUAUGAGACCAAUGGCCUGAAGCCAUCUACUUGAUACGGAUCAGCGGUCGUAGGAACUAGGGCUUAGUGCUUGCCUUAUGUAAGAUGGAGGAAUUCAGUAAUCUUUAUUUAAAGAGGAAGAAAAUAAUGCACAUUAAAUACUUUCUCAGGAAUACUGGUUUUCUGAUUUGAAAAGUUCUUAUAAGUGUGUACAAUAUUAUGUCUAUUGUUACUUUGUUUUUUCAGCUUCUUCUUCAAUUUAUGUGAAAUUCCUGUAUUCCAAACGUGCCCAAGUCUGAUAAUUUUAGUACUAGGUGAAGAUUUCCGAAAUCGUGGUUAAUUAUCAAUUUUAUUAUUGACCUAAAACGUUAAAUCGUUACCUUACAUUAUACGAUUACAUAAACAACAUAAAAUUACCUUAGAUUUGUCCAAGCUACUGUCAAAAGUCAAUGAAUUAUCAACAGGCGGGUAGAUUUGAUUUACCUUUCUCUUGAGUCUACUUCUUUUUAUCACUGCGCAGUUUCGUAACAAAUAAGUUCACUCUCAGUAAAUGUAUUUGCAAAUUAUAUAAAAUUACGUUGUUUUCCGAAGUGCUCAAAUAAUAUCGUGUCUACAUAAUAUUUUUAAUUUAAUCGUGCGUACUAUAGUAGUGCGUCGAAUAAACAAACAAUAUUCAGAUUUCUAGACAGUUUAUAUCGAUAAUAAACAAGGAUCUGUCAUUUGUUUGUUUGUCAGUGAUACUAGGAUUUAGAAAUACUCGUUAUAUUGGAAGAAAUGGCGAAGAUGGUGUUGCUUGGUGUAGUGCUGUGGGCGGGAGUUACAUUCGGAAGCCAUGUAGCUCCAUAUCCUCUUAACCUUAUUAUAUCAACUGAUAUCAGUCAUCCACCACCCAUGUAUGACUUUCCAUUUCCGAGUGCCGAAAUGUUAAGGAGAUUACCUGCAGUCACCGCCACGCAUACCAAUCGCUCUGUUCAGAUAAGCAAGUUUGAAGUUUCCAUGUUGGAAAGGCUUGAAUUGAAUUUGAAGUCUGCGGGAAUCACGCCCAAAACUGGGUCUGCUGCUCGUGGACUUGUUAUAGAUGGUUACGCUUCCGACGACGCCAUGCAUUAUGAAAAAUCUUCGAUGACAAUCACAAAGGCAUCGCAGAAUCUUGUUUACACGAGGUGCAGACGAUAUGGUUUGGCUAAUGAUGAGUGCGCGAGUUUUAUUAGCACUUUGAAUUUGCGUGAGAGUGAAUAUGGGCCAGAGUGUGCGGCUUUAGAACGUUUCACGUGUCACACUAAUAAGAUGUCAUCGAAGUACCGGACUUUUGAUGGAUCCUGUAAUAACCCUGUGCGGUCCUCCUGGGGACAGGCUCUUACUGGCUACAAACGGCUUCUGCACCCAAAAUACGCUGACGGCAUCGAAGAGCCCCGUCGUGCACUAAGUCACAAAGCAUUACCUUCUGCUCGCCUUGUCAGCACCAAACUAACGAGCAACCAGGACCUGCCUAACAACGAUAAAACAAUCGCUUUGGCUGUCUGGAGUCAAUUUGUUUAUCACGAUUUGGUUCACACUCCAGUUCGCAAGUCGAUCCACACAAACCAAGCCAUCCGUUGCUGCGACGAGGGCUUCCCCCUCACACCGCGCUACAUCCACCCCAGCUGUAUGCCGAUCUCCGUGCCCCAUGACGACGCUUUCUACAAGAAAAAGUACGUCACCUGUAUGGAAUACACACGUUCCAUCACGACUUACCGAGGGGACUGCACUUUUGGAGCUUCGGAACAGAUGAACCAAGCCACUCACUUCCUCGAUGGAUCAAACAUCUAUGGCUCAAACAGUAGGGAUGCCGCAGCCCUUCGUGAGAAAUCUGGUGGACUUCUGAAGACUACCAACAUUGAUGACGAGGAGCAUUUGCCUCUAGCUGCCAACCCUACUGAGAAGUGUCUUGUCGGCAGCUCGACUGAAACGUGUUUCAAUGCUGGUGAUGCUCGAGCCAACACACACCCCUGGAUGGCGAGCAUGUAUGCUGUUUGGGUGAGGGAACACAACCGCGUUGCUCGUGGUUUGGCAAAUCUGAACCCUGGAUGGAACUCCGACCGUCUUUACCAUGAAGCCCGAAGGAUUGUAGUGGCUGAACUCCAGCACAUUACCUACAAGAGCUGGCUGCCUACACUAACUGGAAGGGCAUUCGAAGAGCUGUAUGAGAGCUACGACCUCGGUUACAACUCGGACAUUGACCCCACCAUCACCAAUCCCUUUGCGACCGCCGGCUUCCACUUCGUCAACAGCCUCUUGGACCAGGACAUCCAAAUGAUCGAUGACAACAACAAUGUGACGUCACAGCGACUCCAUCAUAACUACUUCAAGCCUGAGAUCGUUGCAAAGAACGGCGGCCUGAAGCAAAUUUUGAAGGGCAUGGUCAACCAGAACAGCCAACAAUUGGACUUGAACUACGAUGAUGACCUUCGUCAUCAAUGGUUGGGUGAACUGGACGUUUUGGCGAUUGAUGUUCAGCGCGGUCGCGACCACGGUCUCCCUGGCUACACACAGUACCGAGCCCUUUGCGGUCUGCCAGCUGUUAGCAGCUUCCAACAAAUGACUGAUGUUAUACCACAAGAGACGGUCAACAAGCUAUCAGAGGUGUACGAGCAGCCUGGUGACAUCGACUUGGUGGUCGGUCUGAUGGCAGAAACACCUGUUCAAAACUCUCUUCUUGGGCCCACUGCUAUUUGUUUGAUAAAGGAACAGCUAUGGCGCACAAAGACUGGAGACAGAUACUUCUACAGCCACCAAGAGGAAGCCGGCAAGUUCACCAAGAGGCAGCUCACCGAACUGAAGCGCGCUUCCCUCGCGAGGAUAAUGUGUGACAACGCACCUUUCACUCAGAUCCAGAGGGAUGUUUUUGAACCUGUUUCUGAAAGUAAUCCGUUGGUUUCAUGCGAGGAGAUUAAGAGGGUGAAUUUGGAAGCCUGGCAAGACCCAGCUCAGCAACCUGACAUUCUGACGCGCACAAACAAAUGGAUCAAGAAUAAAGUCGGCAGCAACUCCACCAAGUAGUUACUCGUACUUAUCAUAAGUAAACUAUUCGUUAAGCUACAGUGCAAGUUAAAUAAAAUAUUUAGUUUUAAGUGUUAGUGCUUUUGUCAUUUGACGAAUACUUAUUUAAAUACUCGAAGUUAUUGAACAUAUUUCAACAAACAAGUAUGAAAUUGUAGUUAUAUCCAUAGAGUAGUUACGAAUUUAGCAAAUGAAUUAAGACUGUUUUAACUUGCACGGUAGAUAUUAUGUUAAGCAUAGUCGAGCGUUUCAGUAUUUCGUGUGAUUGUGACAGUAUGUUAGCAUAGUUGUAGUUUGUAUCCACGUUCCUCGAUACGAAAGCUAAAGAGUAUUUAGUUAUAUGACUCUUAUAGACCAAUCGUGUGUCUUCUAUACAUUGAGAUUUUUAAAGGAGACGGGUUUGGUCGUAUCUGCCUGUCUUGUGAACGUACCGUGUCGUACAGUGGCUGUGAUAAGCGGACGCUAGUCCACUGCAAAGAGAAAGGUCUCGAAUUUGAGACUUGAUUUUGGGAUCGUCAUUCUUGUGAUCCAUAUGUUAAAAGAUCCAAGAAUUGUUUGUUAUAGUGAAAACAGCAUUUUAAUAGUACGAUAUUUGUAUCUAAAUUGCCUUUAAUUUAGGAUUUAGAAAGAAAUUGUUGCCAGGGUUCUUGUGUAUAGCGAUCAUAAACCGUUGGUUUGUAACACCAAACAGAUGGAAUCUUGGCUAAUGGUUGUGGUAACGAUAUAAGAUCAAUAUUUAAGCGUCGGAACAUUCGUUUGGCUUGUCAACGCGAUUGAUUCAUGUACUUGUGAAGUUGUAACUUAAGCAUUGCCCGACUCUGUCCAAAUAAGGAAUUUGCUUUUGGCUUCAGAGGCUAACCAGUUCAUACUGAGAUUUAUUAUUGCCAGGCAAUUAUCAUUAUUUUGACCGUCUUCGGGUUUUAACAACUCAUGCUUGGUUGUAUAUCAACUCAAAUGUUUUGCUCCCAGUAUUUUAUUGCAUCCUACGUUUCAAUCUUUGUUUUCUAUUCCUGUUAUCUUGUCUUGUUUUCGAGUCAUUUUCUCUUUUGAAUUCUUAUGUUAAUAGUUUUAAGUUUUCUGGCACAUAUUGAUCAAAUUGCUAUUGUUCGCAAUGGAAAUAAAGUAAAAUAGUGUAAUGACAGAAUGAAAGUAUGUGCCAUCAAUGCCAAAGACUGGAAUGCAACUGACAGCGGCUAGCGAUUUAGAUAUUUUUGAUAAAUUACAUCGACAUGUAAUAAAUUUGAAAUGAUGCUAUAAUGCCUUUUAUUAUGAAAUAUUUUUAAAUGCUCUACUUAGUGAUAAGGGUUUUGUUAAGAAGUCUAAAGAUUUUCGAAAAGUUGUGUUUAGACUAAAUUAUAAAUAGUUGUGUUUGAUUGGCUCAAAAGUACUUACAUGUAAAAGUUAAUAAUGACCCAUAGCUUAGCCUCUAAUAGCACAAAGUAUUGAGCAUUUUAGAAACUUGUUAACAUUGUUAUCGAUGACAUUAUUGUAUUUUAGUCACAAAUUAAUUUAAAUUCCACCAUUUUCAUUGCAAUAUUAUUAAAGCAGUUCUUUUCAACAUUUUUCCUUUUUUCAUAAUGUUUUUUGUCUUAUUUGAUCAAACAAUUUGUUAUUUUCAUAUUGGAAUGAACUCAUUAUAAUCUAUAUGCGCUUUUAUACCUUAAUAAACUUAUUUACUGCCUAA